CCCGAUGGAGCCCGAGCUCGAUCCGGCCGCCGUGGAGGUUCCCGCCGGGCGCGUGCUCUGUGCCCGGGAGCUCCUCGCUGCCCGCUCGCGGUCCCAGAAGCUGCCUCAGCGCUCGCAUGGCCCCAAGGACUUCCUGCCCGACGGCUCGGCGGCCCAGGCCGAGCGGCUGCGUCUGUGCCGCGAGGAGCUCUGGCAGCUGCUGGCGGAGGAGCGCGUGGAGCGCCUGGGCAGUUUGGUGGCUGCCGAGUGGAGGCCGGAAGAGGGCUUCGUGGAAUUGAAGUCUCCUGCGGGUAAAUUCUGGCAGACCAUGGGCUUCUCAGAGCAGGGCCGGCAGCGGCUUCACCCGGAAGAGGCCUUAUAUCUGCUGGAGUGUGGCUCCAUCCAGCUUUUCUACCAAGAUCUGCCACUGUCUAUUCAGGAGGCCUACCAGCUACUGCUGACUGAGGACACUGUGACUUUUCUGCAGUACCAGGCCUUCAGCCACCUGAAGAGACUGGGCUACGUGGUUCGACGAUUCCAACCAAGCUCCAUCCUGUCCCCUUACGAGAGACAGCUGAACUUGGACGGCAGUGCCCGGUGCUUAGAGGAUCAGAAUGGCAAGAGGAAGAGGAGGAGCUCCAGCUCUCGGUCCAUUAAUAAGAAGGCCAAGGCUCUGGAGAAUCCCCCGCAGGGCGUGAACGAGACACCAGAGAGCCUGACAACCUCCAGCCCACCUCCUUGCAACCAGAACAACCAAUGCGGAGAGGGGAAACCUCAGGAGUCAAACCCUGUAAAGGGCCCAGUGGGCCCAUCUGAGCUUCUGGGAUCCCUGCAGCCCUGGCCUGACCUGGCUAACGAGGGGGUGGGGUGUAGCCAGGAGAGUGGCAAAGUAGAGAACGGGGUCAAGGGGGUUUGUAAGCCACGCUGGAACUUUGAACAGAUCCCCUUCCCCAACAUGGCUUCAGAUAGCCGCCACACCCUUCUGCUUGUCCCAGCCCCAGAGCUGCUCCCGGCCAACGUCGCUGGGCGGGAGACAGAUGCGGAAUCCUGGUGUCAGAAGCUGAACCAGAGGAAGGAGAAGCUCUCCAGGAGGGAACGGGAGCAACAUGCAGAGGCCCAGCACUUCCGGGAGGAUGUGAACUUGGAUCCCGAGGUGCGAUGCUGCUCUAGCUGGCAGGAGUACAAGCAGCUGCUGCGAAGACGGCACCUGCAGAAGAGCCGGAGCCGCCCCCCGCAUCUUUGGGACCAGCCUGUCAGACCCUUGCUGAGUCCUGGCCAGGCAGACUCCCCAGCCACAGCCCUGCAGCAUCUCUCUGUGCUGCGGACCACACACCUUGCUGAUGGAGGUGCCCGGCUGCUGGAGAAGUCUGGGGGCUUGGAGAUCAGCUUUGACAUCUACCAGGCUGAUGCCGUGGCCACAUUCCGAAAGAAUAACCCUGGCAGGCCCUACGCCCGGAUGUGCAUUAGUGGAUUUGAUGAGCCAGUUCCAGACCUCUGUACCCUCAAGCGGUUAUCCUACCAGAGUGGGGAUGUUCCUCUGAUCUUUGCCCUGGUGGACCAUGGAGACAUCUCCUUCUAUAGCUUCAGGGACUUCACGCUGCCCAGGGAUCUGGAACACUAGUCACGCUGCUCUGGCAGGGCAUGGGACCUGCUCUGGGGGACCUGGACUGUCUACUCUCAGGGACCAUCUCCGCUGCCUCUUAUACUCAGACCCUGACCUGUAGCUUCAGGGGCUGGUCUGGGCCUUGGCCCUGGGUGUCUGAUGCUCGCAGGAGAACGAAGCCAUGCCCCCCCCCCUUCCUGGCUUCCAUAGUCCCCAGGCCUGAGAUUGAUGUCUUGGAACUCAGGACUAGAUUUCAGAGACCCAGCGGGGUGGAGCAGAAGAGAGGACUCUGUGCCUUUAAACGAGAGGGUGCCUGCUUCGUGCGAUAAAGCCAAAGCCAUUAAAAAAGAGAUCGCUUUUC